GCCUGGCCAUCUUUAAACUGAGGAAGGUGUGAGGUGCUGAAGCGUCCAAGCAUCUCUGUUUCACUAACAUUGUUCCACAUUGAGAUGGCUAACCGCAGCAUGCAGCAGGGGCGGAUGCCGGGCAUGCAGUCCCCUCCGCCGCAGCGCGGGGCCGAGUCCCCGGGGGGGGAGCCGGCUCCGGGGAACAAAGACAGCCCGGGCCGGCCUCCCGGCCGCUCCCCGGCGGAGCAGGCGGAGGGAGCCGGGGACGGGGCCGGGGACCCGGCCCGGGGGGACGGGGACGGCCAGGGAGACGGCCCGGGCCCCUCGGAGAUGACUCUGAGCAUCGCCAGCUUCAGGAAGCCCGGGGAGAAGAGCUUCACGCAGAGGUCCCGCCUGUUCGUGGGCAGUCUCCCGCCAGACAUCACCGACGACGACUUCUACAAGCUGUUUGUGAAGUACGGGAAGAUUGGGGAGAUGUUCGUCAACAGAGGCCGAGGCUUUGGCUUUGUGCGCCUGGAAACCCGGACGCUGGCAGAGAUCGCCAAAGCUGAGCUGGAUGGGACCCUUUUGGGUAAUCGUCAGAUCCAGAUCCGCUUCGCUACACACGUCUCUGCCCUCACAGUCCGUAAUCUGUUGCCAACGGUGACGAACGAACUCUUGGAGCAGGCGUUUGCUCAGUUCGGGCCCAUGGAGCGGGCCCUGGUCGUGACGGACGACCGCGGCCGUCCCACCGGCCGAGGCAUCGUGGAGUUUGCAAACAAAGCAGCUGCUCACAAAGCUCUGGAGCGCUGCAGCGAGGGAGCUCUGUUGCUGACCAGCACACCGUGUCCAGUCAUCGUGGAGCCUUUGGAGCAAAUGGAUGACGAGGUCGGCCUGCCUGAAAAAAUGCUGCAGAAAACCCCCAGAUACUACAAGGAGCGAGAGCAGCCGCCGCGGUUCGGCCAGCCGGGGACGUUUGAGUUCGAGUACGCGUCUCGGUGGAAGGCCCUCGAUGAGAUGGAGAAGCAGCAGCGCGACCAGGUGGACAAAAACAUCAAAGAGGCUAAAGAGAAACUUGAGGCUGAGCUGGAAUCGGCUAAACACGAGCAUCAGCUCAUGCUGAUGAGACAAGAUCUAAUGAGACGUCAGGAGGAGCUGAGGAGGUUGGAGGAACUUCGCAACCAGGAGCUGCAGAGACGAAAGCAGUUUGAGAUGAGACACGAGGAAGAGAGGAGGAGGAGAGAGGAAGAGAUGAUGAGACACAGGGAGCAGGACGAGCUGAGACGACAGCCGGAUGGCUUCAAACCAAACUACCUGGAAAACAGAGAUCAGGAAAUGAGAGUGGGUGAGCUGGGCAAUCGUGGAGCCAUUAAUAUGGGAGAUGGCUAUAACCAGGCCCCUGCAGGGCCCAGUGCUAACCAGGGUCAAAUGAUGGGCUUGAGUGCAAGGGGAGGAGCCGUUGGCCCCGAGGGAACAGCAAAUAUGGGGACACCAGUGAUGACAGAGAAUGGAGCCAUGCAGCGAAGUGAUAGGUACCCACAGGGUGGAUCAGGCGGGGGCCGACCAGAAGUUGAAUCCCCAAAGCAACAUCAGCAACCGAUGGGCCCCCAGGCUGGAGCGGCUGCAGGAUUUGGCCGGGGCAGUCCAGUUCCAGCCGUCUUUGAUGGGCCAAAUAGCAAGCGUCGCAGAUACUAACGGUGCUAAUGGAUACUUGUUACUGCCCCCCCCAGAACAAUACCGUCCUCCCCUGGUUUACCCACCCCCUGACACACUACCCUGGUGACUUGGACCUGCUGGAUGACCCAUCUCACGCUUUUGUCACUUAGGGACAUUUAUUAUGUGAUGGAUUAAAAUGAUGGGAUAAUGUUUGUAUCUCAUGUCUGCAGUGUUUUUACAUAAUUUAUCAGAAUUAUGUCUCCAGAACAUCCAAAUGAAACGGUUUCUCUGGUUGUGUGUGUGUGUGGGUGUAGAUGUUUGCGAGACCAUUGUGUCCGGGGAGUCUUUUGUGAGACUUUACAGUGGCAAUGACUGCUACUGGCUGGGAUUCACCUGAGGGAGCGUUGAGUUUUAAAAAGCUAAGAUUACUCAGCCAACAUUACCUCAGAACUGGGAUGUCACUCCAACUAAUAUGUGGUAAUUCAUAAAAGAAUCGGUACAUUUCCACGGUUUUCAGUCCCAAAUUAAAUAUCUAAUCAACCUGCGCUGUAUUGGUAGGGCAGCUUUGCAGACCGAGCUAUAACGAUUGUGGCUGCAUAUUAACCGCCUCCAGCCUGACCAGACCCUCGCCUUUGAAGAUGCGACUGGAUCGUUAAUGUCAGCAUUCGCACAAGUUACGAUAUCGAAACUGUUAAUCUGCUUUUGACGACUUCUCUGUACAGAUGCAGAUGUCUGUUUUAGGGAUCAUUAGAAAAGUUUCAGGCUUUAUUGUCAGAUAUGCUGUAUGUUCGACAUACAGCACAAAUUAAAUUACAGUCCUCUCUGACCCACGUAGCAAAAUAUCCAUCCAUUCAGUAUCUAUACCCGCUAUAUCCUUUGCAGGGUCACGGGGGUCUGCUGGAGUCAAUCCCAGCUAAUUUUCAGGCGAGAGGCAGGGGUUCACCCUGGACAGGUCACCAGUCCAUCGCAGGGCCACAUAGAUGCAAACAACCAGACACACUCACACCUACGGGCAAUUUAGAGUCAUCAAUGAACCUUCUACGCAUGUUUUUGGACUGUGGGAGGAAGCCGGAGUACCCGGAGAGAACCCACGCA